GGUGAAUGUCGGCUGCGGGCCAGCUGAGGAGCGGGUACUCCUCACAGGUUUACAUGCUGUGGCGGAUAUCUACUGUGAAAACUGUAAAACCACCCUGGGCUGGAAAUAUGAGCACGCGUUCGAGAGCAGUCAAAAGUACAAAGAGGGAAAGUUCAUCAUCGAGCUGGCUCACAUGAUCAAGGACAAUGGAUGGGAGUGACGCUCCGGUCGCUCUCUUUUAUUUUUCUGACCUUGGAAUGCUCUUUAUUGAACUGCGUGGAGCGACGACCAUCGACCCUCCCCUUCCAACAACCACUCCCUCAGAGAGAGAGAGAGAAAAAAAAAAACCAACCCUCCUCCACCAACCUCCACCCGCUUGUCUCCUUUACGUGCACACACCCACCUGCUCAUCGUGAAACUGAACAGAACAAAUGAAACGAAAGAAAAAAGAAAAAAAAAAACGACGACUAGGAAGGUGGAGCGACUCUUGAAGAAUCACGUCACAGGAGUUUCUUUGUCGUCA